AUGGGUAGCGGAGCAAGUGCAGAGGACAAAGAAAUGGCCAAGAGGUCCAAAGAGCUGGAGAAGCAACUCCAGGAAGAUGCAGAUAAGGAAUCAAAGACGGUCAAGCUGCUGCUGCUGGGUGCUGGUGAGUCAGGAAAGAGCACCAUUGUAAAACAAAUGAAAAUUCUUCAUCAAGGUGGUUAUACAAAAGAAGAACAAAUUGCAUUUAGAUCCAUUAUCUACGGUAACAUUCUGCAGUCUGCCCUGGCCCUCAUCAGAGGCAUGGAGAUGCUGGGCAUCAACUUUGGAACACCAGCAGCACAGGAAGAGGGUCAGAAACUGCAAAACCUUGCUGAUUCAACUGAGGAUGGCACAAUGCCCAAGGAGCUGGCAGAUGUCAUUAAGAGCCUGUGGAAGGACUCUGAUGUGCAGGCUGCGUUUGAGAGAGCUGCUGAGUACCAGCUCAAUGACUCCGCUGGCUACUACCUGAGUGACAUGGAUCGAAUCUGUACUGAAGACUACAUCCCAACAGAACAGGAUGUGUUAAGGUCUCGAGUCAAGACCACUGGUAUAAUUGAAGAGCAGUUUGGCUGCAAAGAGCUGCAUUUCAGGAUGUUUGAUGUGGGUGGUCAGAGGUCAGAGAGAAAGAAAUGGAUCCACUGUUUUGAGGGGGUGACUUGCAUCAUCUUUUGCGGCGCUCUUAGUGCCUAUGACAUGGUGCUGGUAGAGGAUGACGAAGUGAACCGCAUGCAUGAGAGUCUACAUCUAUUCAACAGUAUCUGCAAUCACAGAUUCUUCGCCAAGACCUCCAUUGUCCUUUUCCUCAACAAGAAAGAUCUGUUUGAGCAGAAGAUCAAGAAAGUCCACCUCAGCAUCUGCUUCCCUGAAUAUGAUGGUUCAAACACAUAUGAUGAUGCCAGCCAAUAUAUCAAAAAGCAGUUUGAGGAGCUAAAUAUGAAGAAAGGUGAAAAAGAAAUCUACUCACACAUGACCUGUGCAACAGACACAAAGAACGUGGAAAUCGUGUUUAACGCAGUAACAGACAUCAUCAUCAAAGAGAAUCUUAAGGACUGUGGGCUGUUCUAAAAAAUGCCCACUUUUAAGAUCUCUUCUAUUAUUAUAGGAAUGAUUUUGCCAAGACAACAUGAAGACACAACUGGCAUGAUGGUGACUUCUGCUACAAGAGGUUUAAUGUGGUCCAUAUCCUUACUAUCAUCCCACAACACCAGUCAUGAAAAUCCAGUCACCCCAUUGCAUUCAGGUUCAAGCAGCUCUUACUAAAUGGGACAUGUUGCUUUUAUAAUUUAUUUGAUCUUUUUUAAUGUGUGUCAAUAAUAAAAAAUGCUAAAAUAAGAAAAUUAUAGUAAACAUCCACAAUAAAACU